GACCCGGAGCCGUGCUGCGCCAGCCCGGCUGCAGCCGCCGCGCACCUAAAGCCGCGAUGGGGCUGGAGACCGAGAAGGCGGACGUCCAGCUCUUCAUGGACGACGACUCCUACAGCCGCCACAGCUGCGUCGACUACGCCGACCCUGAGAAGUUCGCGGACUCGGGCUCAGAUCGGGAUCCGAACAGGCUCAACUCGAAUCUCAAGGUGGGCUUCGAGGAUGUGAUCGCAGAGCCUGAGACUACGCACUCCUUUGACAAUGUGUGGAUCUGCAGUCAUGCCCUCUUUGAAAUCAGCAAAUACGUGAUUUACAAGUUCCUGACAGUGUUCCUGGCUAUCCCCCUGGCCUUUGCUGCGGGAAUUCUCUUUGCCACCCUCAGCUGUCUGCACAUCUGGAUUAUAAUGCCUUUCGUAAAGACCUGCCUAAUGGUUCUGCCUUCAGUGCAGACAAUAUGGAAGAGUGUGACAGACGUUGUCAUUGCCCCAUUGUGUACAAGUGCAGGACGCACCUUCUCGUCUGUCAGCUUGCAGCUGAGCCAUGACUGAACACUUGGAUCCCAGGUCUGGAGAUUCGGAUGCUGUAAUACUUCUUUGUUGUUAUAUUAUAAAAGCACUACUGUUCUGUUCAUCCCCCAACUGUUCUAAUUAAGAAAACUAUUAAGAUGGACAACCACAUUUAGAAAUGUUUAUUGGCAAAUCUUUUCAAAUAAUGCUUUUCUAGUUAAUAACCAAGGAUUUCAUAUCUGCCUUUAUAACCAGAACUAAAUAAUAAGUUGGCAACACUAAUUUUAAAGACAGAUACUUUUUGCUUUAGUACAAAAGUAUACACUUUAUCAUGAUGAAUUAAUAAUGAUCAAGGGACAUUUCCUUCAAAUACUACAAUGGUUUUGUGCACAACUGCACAUAAAAAUAGAAGAUUUCUUAUUUUUUUACUCCAGAAGUAAUACUCUUAAAUUACCUUUGCAGAUAAAGUGAUAGAGACACUUAGCAAUAAGAUACCCAGAGAUCCUAGAAACGGCAGUAAUGAAAGCAUACAGUAGUGAUAGGGGCUAUCAAAAAUAAUAAAAUAAAUGUGAAAAUAGAUUCAUGCACAUGUGUUCCUUUAAAUAAGAUAUUGUUAAUCUAUAGUCCUAUUUAACAAGAUGCUUCCAUUUUACUGUAUAUUUUGUACUUAAUGUAAAUGUUGCUCUAAUCAGAUUGCUUUAAAGCACUUUUAUUAUAUUUGUGUUCUUGUUGAGGUAAUAUAUACAGUGAGUAAAUAUAUCUCCCACAAGGAACUUCAUUGCUGAGAUGCACUGUCUUGAUUAUAUAAACAGAUAUAUCUUCUUUGGGAACAGAAUGUAAAAAAGUCAAAUACUGGCUUUUCUUUCUAAUUUUUCCAAGCAAAACCAUGAAAUGUUUUAUAACUAAUGUUUAUCUGGCUGUGAUCUUAAAAUAAUCUGUAUCUAAUUCUUGUUUUGUCCAGGAGAUACUUUCUCUCUUAUAAUUAGAAAUUAAACUCAUAUGCUGCAAUUCCUAACUGGUGCUAUUUAAUAACAUUUUAUAAUAAAGGCUAUUUCUGACACUUAAGUACAAUUUCAACUACAGUGAUUCAUGUAGAGAGACUUCCAAGAAAGCUGUCAAUUUGUUGGGUCCAUGAUACUGAGCUAUUAUAUAUAAAUUAAACACUAACAGCUAUAAACUUUCAAUAUAUUGCCUAAUAUGGGUUUUGUUACACAGUAUAGAAUUAUUCAUAUCAUUGUGAACUGUAAAAUCCUAUUUCAAUGUUAUAAAUUGCUGUUGUUUUAAAAUCUCAUUAUUCCAAAAUGGUAGCAUAUAUAAAGGAUGUCUAUGAGUGGUUGCUAUAAUUUACACAUCUUAAAAGUAUAAAAAUGCUCAAAUUUGAGAACUACUAUAAGAACCUGAAUUAUCAUUCCUUUGAAUACCUUUAUAGCUGGCAAAUCUUCAUUCAAAGACUAAUUUUACUUUUCCAAAUCGCCAGAACUGGUGAAAUAAAGGAUGAUUAAACUGGAAUACUAUUGGGGACCAAAGCAAAUGAGUGAUUAAAUUAUGACACUUGUGUUUUUCUGAAAGUAGCCUCAAAAGAGACUUUAAAAACAGUCUUAGGCCAUUAUAUCAUCCUUAGAAAAGACCCUCAUGAUCAUCACCUUAAAGCAUUACCACUCAUUUGACUUUAGAUUUUAUUAUGUUGGUCAAUAGUCAGGCCCAUGACUUUAUAAUUUUACCUUGUACUUAAAGGGUUCUUUAAAAAUAUUUGGAUAUGUUAAUUGGCCAAAGUAUUUGAUUAAUAAAAUAUCUAUUUAAAUAAAUCAUGAGUUUCUAUCUUUUCAAAAAACUGUUGGCAAGUUCUAAAGCCAAAAUAUAUACGCGUAGUCAUAUAACAAAACGAUUAACUUUUAACAAAUGAUACAUAUGAGCUCCUUGUUUCAAAUAACAUUGAAUAUUUUCAAAAUGAAUUUUUAUUGAGAUUUGCCAUUAACUAUUUUAAAAGACUGAAAUGUUUUGCCAAGUGGAUCCAGGUUUCAUGUGCAAACAUGUUUGUUCUUUUAGUGGGGUAUGGUUGAAAGGAAGAUGAUGAGGAGAUUUCCUUGAUAUCCAUAAUAAACUUUCUAAAAACCCAUAGAUGCACUAAUUGUUUUUCUUACAUUAAAUAUAGAACUGAUCAAUAAAGAACCUUUCAAACUAAUUUACAUUAUUAAAAAAUCAUAAUAGAUUUAAAAAUAGAUGAGUUAUGGUCUAUUCAGGAAUGUAUUGCUGAAAAAUGAUGAGAUUGGUGAUUUAAUUCUUUGUUUUCCCAACACUUAAAGAGGUUCCUUACUAAUUUUUCUGUCAUUUGAUAAAUAGUAUGGACUACUUGUUCACAAACCCCCCAUAUUUCAUCUCUUCAUGAAAUAAAGGCUCUUGCUAAUCCUGAAUAAA